GUGAGAGAGACUACCAGAUUAAGUUUGGGAUACAGUGUGAGGCAUGUCACAAGUUUAUAACAGGAAAGGUCCUCGAGGCAGGAGACAAACAUUAUCACCCGAGUUGUGCAAGAUGCAGCCGAUGUGAAAAAAUGUUCACAGAGGGAGAAGAAAUGUAUCUGCAAGGGUCGACAGUGUGGCACCCGGACUGCAGAGACAACAGCAGAACUGAGGACAGUUACAGGCCCACUAGAUCCUCCUCUGAAAGCUCGUGUUCCAGGCCGGGCUCGUGCACCCCGGGGAGUCCUGGUCGAACGAUUUGCGCAAAAGUAGAUAAUGAGAUCAUUGAUUACCGAGACUUAGCGGCAAUUCCCAGAGUCAAGGCUAUACAUGAUAUAGAGUAUCCUGAUAUGAUAUCCUAUAAGUCUGUGAACAACAACUCGCCUGCUUUGGACAACAAAGGCAGCAGACAGGAAAGGCAAAACCCUGCAGAGUCAACAGGAAAUGUGUCUGAAACCACAGAGGAGAGCUUUGAAAUGAGGAAGACCAUACCAAAAUCCACAAGCCACGGAUCUUUUGGAGUUCACGCCCUGUACAACCGUCACAGCUACACUCCAGCUCUGUCCAGAUCUCCACAGCACUUCCACAGGCCAGCAUUGAUGCUUUCUCCCUCUUUAUUCUCUGGCAACGCUGAAACCUGCUCCACUUCCCCUUUAUGUCCCCACUUUCUCCCUCACACCAAAGAUGAAGGUUUCCACAUGUAUAGGAGGCCUCCAAUUUACAAACAGCAAGAUGCAAAUUCAUCCACAUCACAAACUGUAUCUUUGCCCGGAUACGGUCGCAACGGCCUCCAUCCGCCUCAGUCAGCGGAUUUCUCCCACUACAACAGUGACAGAUUCAGAGAUUUGAAGGUCUACCCAUAUGAAAUGCUCGCAGUGAGCAACCGAGGACGAGUGAAGCUGCCAAGGGACGUCAACAGAACGAGACUGGAGUGCCACCUUUCCCCGGCUUCUUUCUACGAGAUCUUUGGCAUGGAGAUCCAAGAGUUCCACACACUCCCUCUCUGGAAACGUAAUGACAUGAAGAGGAAUGCAAAUCUCUUCUGACUGCUGCCUAAUGCACGUCUUUAUUUAUCGGACAUUUAUUCAAGAGCAUUAGAACAGCUCAAGUCACAGGUUUAGGACGGCCACCCAUCAAGUCUGUGGAGGUCAUUGUAAUGAAUGAUGGUUAAAGUUGGAUAACCUUAACUCAGAUAUGAACACUCAACUCAGCUAUAACCUUUGCUUCAGUUAUACAUAGCCAUGAUUUGUUUUUCCUACGUCAGCCCUGUCUCCCCAGGAAUUACGUUCAUAUUGGACGAUUCAGCUGAAUGUAAUUUUUGCACAUUCUUCAUAUGUGGAGAAUGUUGUGUGGUGUUCAUGUAGCUUAGCAAAAAAUAGGGCUACCUGUUUCAGACCCAAAGCUGAAGUCAUACCUUAACCUGAACUAACCUAAACCAAGUGACCAUAUUAUCCAAAAUAAAAAUGUGCUGCUAGUAUGUAUUCACGGUCCUGAUGAGGGCGCCACAUCACUUCAAUCCUCCCAUGGUAUGUUGCUAAGGAACAAUUGUGCAGAAUCUUGGAUUGACUUCAACAACACAAAGUUGUUGAGGACAACUGAUGUUCGGACAAAUUCAUGUACAAAUUGGUUAAAGAUAUGAGUUGUCCAAUCUAAAGCCUUUGGUCCAGCUCUUUGUGAAUAAAGCUUCCCAUGAGAUCUGAUUCAUAGUGUAAAGACAAUGGAAUGGAUUUAACCCUUAGUAUGUGAUGUAUUUUUUUGUUACUGUUGUUAAUACUCUGAACAAAGAAAAUUGUUUACCAACUUAAAAAAAACUUCUAUAGGUGACAUAUAAAUUAAUAGUUUUUCUGAAUCAAAGUUUUCAAUUGUGUUAAUAUACCUAGAAUGUCAUUUGUGUGUUGCUAACUGAUGCAAUUUUUCAAGUUGGUCCAACAAUUUCCAGUGAACUUAUUUUGUUUUUUCUAUGUUUAAGCACGAACCAGAAUAUAGCAAAUAUGUAAGAAAUAUAUUAUUGUGUCAAUAGAUUAACACAAAUUAGCUUUUUUGGACUCUUUAAUGAAUUAAGAUGUUUUUUUGCUUAUGUCUCACCAUGACUUGGCUGUGGUUAACUGUAUCUGCUACCUUAACAUUGAUGCUUGUUCAUACCACCUCAUGCCCUAAAUAAAAAUGUGCACUUCCUAAAAGCUGCGGCCUUUUAUUGUCUGUUUAUUUUUAACGACUGUACUUUGUGGCAUGAUAACUUAAUGGAAUACAUGUAGUGGCA